AUGAACAAUAACGUUGAGGAGCUACUACGACGCAUUCCUCUGUACAACAAGUAUGGUAAAGGUUUCCCACAAGAAACGGUGACUAGAUUGCAAAUGCCUGAGUUCAGAUUACCACCAUUACAACCAACAAAAGACUUAUUAAAUCCUUGGUUCGAAGAAUGUGAUAAUGUCACCAAAGUGUGUCAGUUGCAUGAUUCUUCCAGCAAAAAAUUUGAUCAGUGGUAUAAAGAACACUAUAUGAGUAAAAAACCACCAGGGAUGGCUGGAAACAUGCUUUUAUCUCCAUCAAGAAAGGGCAAUUCCUAA